GGGAUGUACAAGAUCACCUUGUCCUCCACUGCUUAUAUUUGGACUUGGGCAGAACCUUACUAGUCUGGUUCAAACCUGAACUCCAUCUGAGCAAGACUGUGAGGCCAAGAGGAUUGAGCUAGGCUUCUUUGGUGGUGACUGGUGCCUGUCAUUGGCAGAUCUCAGUGCCAGACCCAGAGCAAUCACGCCUGUUUCCCUGGCCCUGCCUGGUUCAGGCAGCCAGGCACUGCAGGUGCUGGCAGCAGUGAAGGGCCCUGGGCAUUUCUUCAUCCUCUUCCCAGGACACCAGUCACCAUGGCCUCUCCCUCCUUCAAUGCGUGACACCAGUGAGGGAAAGCAGCUCCUGAUCCUCAGCUCUCACCAGUGUGCUGCAGAGCACAGAAAUGGCCAUGGAGAUAGAGAGGAACUGCUCCAUCUGCCAGGACACUCAGAAGGAUGUGGCUUCUGCUCUACCCUGUCGCCACCGGUUCUGCCUGGGCUGUAUCCUGCGGUGGGCUCAGAGAAAUCCAUCAUGCCCACUCUGCAGAAGAACAAUAGAGACUAUCAGGUUUUCUGACAGUGAAGACGACUAUCUGGAGACAGCCAUCACAGCCCCUGAGGAGCUUCCAGAUGGCAGCAGCCUGGCAAGGACAGUUCCUGAUGUCCUGGAUGAGAACAGCCCCCAUUUCCCUGUGGCAUCCCAUCCACCUUCUCCACAGGGUACACUAUCCCUACCUGAGCAGAGGGCCUCAGGGCUGGAGUUUGGAGGUGGUCUUCUUCCUGAGGUCUGGGCAGGACUUUUCCGUGGACAACAGCAGCUCCUGGACCCUGUGCGGCCCUGGCUGCGCCAGAGGCUGGAGGGAAUAUACCGGAGCUGGUGGUGGCUGGUUGAGGCCGCAGAGAGCACCAUCCUGCACGACCUCUGUGUCAAGGGGCCAAAUGCACAGGCCUUGAUUGAGGGGCUGGAGCCUCUUCUUGAGCAACACACAGCACUGCUGGUCCAUGGUGCCAUCAACAUAAUUGUGGGCCAGUGCAGCGAGGAGGCCCAGAGGCUGCUGCAAUCUGGUGCAGUCAGAGAUGGGAACAACAGCCCUGUGGCCAGAGCCAGCUCCAGCUCCAGCAGCUUCAGCUCCAACAGCUCCUGGGAGGGGUCUCCUGCCAGUGGCCCUGCAGGCCCCAAUGUGGAGACAGAAGCUGAUACAUCAAAGGCCACUCUACACAGGGGUCCCAGGCACCCCCCUCCUGUGCCUGUCCCUGCAGAGCAGGACCAGCCUCAGGAGGAGCUGGGGCAGGCAAUGACAGUGGCAGGUUCCUCUGCCCAGGGCAGCAGCUGUAGCCAGUCCAGUCUUGUCCUGGGCAGGCACCAGUGUCCUGAUGGGCCUGGACGACCCCCAGAUAGAAGGGCACCCAGCCCCAGGACUCUCCCCAGCCCUGCAAGAGACCACCCUUCUGGCAGCACCAGCAGGGCUCCUGCAACCCUUUGUUCAAGGAAAAGGAAAUAAAUUGUUAUUUCUCUCAUCCAGUCUCUGGGUGCUUCUUUCUUUCCCUUCUAUUGCCUUUUCACUUCUCUAUCUCCAUCGUGGGUGCACUCACAUGCUGAGGU